UAAUAAGAGGAGAGAGAAAGUAAGAAAAUUGUGAAUAUAAAUAGCAACUCUUUAUAACAAUUGAGAAACCGUGGUUUCCGCUCCUCCUUCCUCAUUCCUCACAGUAGAGAGAGAAAAUUUCACAAAACUUAUUAUUCUUCUCCUUCGUCUACCUCCAACCUCGGACACUCUAUCUCUACUAACUAUCCUCCUAUUUUUCUGGGUUUCAUUCUAUCAACGACGUCGUUACGUCGUUUUAAGGAGAGAGAUUAUCAUUAUUUUUUGGUUAUGGAGUGGCCUGCUUGUUUGAAUGAAUUCGAGAAGCUUCUUUUGCGCUUAGAUACUCCCAGAGUUGCAAUUGACAAUGCUGUUUGUCCUAAUUCCACCCUUGUUAAGGUUGAUAGUGCUAGAAAACAUGGGAUUCUAUUAGAAGCUGUUCAAGUGAUCACAGAUCUUAAUCUUUCCAUUAAGAAAGCUUAUAUUUCUUCCGAUGGCAGAUGGUUCAUGGAUGUUUUCCAUGUAACUGAUCUUAACGGAAACAAAUUGAAAGAUGAAAGCGUUAUUAGCUACAUGGAACAGUCACUUGGUAGCAUUCAUUUUACGCGAUCCUGCGAAUACAAAGGCGUUACGGCUCUAGAAUUAACAGGCACAGAUAGAAUAGGUCUGUUAUCAGAGGUGUUUGCUGUAUUGGCGGAUUUGAAUUGUACUGUAACGGAUGCUAAAGUAUGGACUCACAAUGGAAGAAUUGCUUCCCUUAUCUAUGUAAAAGACUGUGAUUCCGGGUGCCAAAUCGAGGAUUCACACAGGAUUAGGAGAAUUGAGGCGAGGUUAAGGCCUGUUCUUAAAGGGGAUAAUGAUAUUAGGAGUGCUAAGACUACUGUUUCGAUGGCUGUUACUCAUACUGAGCGAAGACUUCAUCAAAUGAUGUUUGAUGAUCGCGAUUAUGAGAGAACCCCGUCUACCAGCUCUAUGAAACAUGAUUUCCCGGAUGUUAGUGUCCAAAAUUGGAACGAGAGAGGGUACUCGGUUGUGAAUAUUCAAUGCAAAGAUCGGCCUAAGAUCUUGUUUGAUGUUGUUUGUACAUUGACAGAUAUGGAAUAUGUUGUUUUUCAUGGCACAAUCAAUACUCAAGGGAGCCGAGCUUAUCUGGAAUUUUACAUUAGGCAUACAGAUGGUACUCCAAUCAGCUCUGAUGCUGAAAGGCAACGCGUUGUUCAGUGUUUACAAGCCUCCAUUCGAAGGAGAUCAUCUCAGGGUGUGAGACUAGAAUUCUAUGCAGAGGAUCGUCCAAGUCUACUAGCAGAUGUAACACGAACAUUCCGAGAGAAUGGUCUAAAUGUUGCUAGAGCAGAGAUCUCCACAACAGAGGAUAUGGCUCAAAACAUCUUCUACGUAACAGAUGCAGAAGGAUACACUCCGGAUUCAAAAACAGUCGACGCAGUCAGGGAAAAAAUUGGGUUGAGUAACUUGAAGGUGAAGGAGUUGCCUCUAAUCUAUCAUCAAAGUCCAGAGAGGGACGAGGCAGGAGCAGGCGUAGGCGGGGCGAUGUUACUAUCACUGGGGAGCUUAGUAAGGAAGAAUCUAUACAACCUGGGGCUCAUCAGAUCACAUUCUUAAAGCCAACUCAAAGGCACAUAAAUUUAUUGUAUGGGAAAAGUGAAGAAUGAAGAAUGAAGUUCAGUGCAUACCCAUUACCUUUGGCAUAUACCUUGCUUCUGGUUUGGGCAAAUUAGUCCCUACUUUGUACAUAAAGGUGGAAAUUAAAUUAGUAUUAAUUAGAAUUAGUAAGUACUAUUUAGAUCUAGGGGAAGAUUUGGUUAGUAGUAAGUAGUUGGCAAAGGAAAACAUGUUAGUGUGGGGGCCAGUGGACCAAUUCAAAAGGGUAAGUAUGUUGUUGAAAGGAGGAAUUUUGAAAAAAAAAAAAAAAAAAUUGGGGAAAAAAAAAGGGUGUGUUUGAAGAAAUUAAGAAUAGUUGGUCAAAUUGCUUGAAAUAGGGGGUAAGAUUAGGUUUUUUAGAGGUGUAAUUUGGUUUCAUACAUCAAUAUCUUUUGUACAGAAAAAAUGCUUUGUUUAGUUCAAUUGGUUGACCAGUUUAUUCCGACAAAUUGACUUCAAUUC